AUGGAUCCAUCAGGUAACUUACUACCUCAGGCAAGUGUUUCAUCAAGAUGCCAUCAGUGGUUAUUCCUAGUGAUUUGUUCAUUGAUACAAGUAAAAGCUGAGGUUUUGCAACCAACAGUUGAGAAAACGCUUGUUAAAGAUGCCGUCUCAAAAGGAGCUGUUUGUUUAGACGGAAGUCCAGCAGCAUAUCAUUAUGACAAAGGGUUUGGAGAUGGAGUCAAUAAUUGGGUAGUUUUUCUUGAGGGGGGAGGAUGGUGUGGAAGUGUGGAAGAUUGUAGACUCCGUUUUGGCAACUUCUUGGGCUCCUCUAACCAUAUGAAUAACACCCGUGUUUUUAGCGGCUUGCUAGAUUACAACAAGACAAAUAAUCCAGACUUCUACAAUUGGAACAGAAUUAUGAUCAAAUAUUGCGAUGGAUCUUCAUUCACAGGAGACGUUGAAUCAGUCGAUAAAGCUACCAAUCAACAUUAUAGAGGUGCAAGGAUUUUUCAAACAAUUAUGGAGGAGCUACUAGCAAAAGGAAUGAAGAAUGCAAAAAAUGCCAUUCUUUCAGGCAAUUCAGCUGGUGGAUUGGCUGCUAUGAUCCAUUGUGAUCGUUUUCGAUCUCUAUUACCUAGCACGCCUAGAGUUAAAUGCCUCUCAGAUGGUGGCAUUUUUUACUUGACAAUGAUGGCAAGAGAGGGAAAGUAUUGGAAUCAACCUUUGCUGCAGUGGUUAACUUACAUAAUUCAGCAAAAAUGUUGCCUAUCAUGUACUUCAAGAAAAUUGGAUCCAACAUUGUGUUUUUUCCCACAAAAUUUACAACAAUAUAUCAAGACACCACUUUUCAUAAUCAAUUCUGCUUAUGAUUCAUACCAGAUACAAUUUACCGUUAUACCCUCCGCACAGAGAGCUGACUUUAAGGAAAAUUGUAUGCCAGAUUUCAAUAAUUGCUCUUCCGAUCAGCAAAAGAUGUUACGAGAUUUUGGGGCAGAAUUUGUAAGUGCAUUACCAAACUCAUACAGCCCUUCACAAAGAGGAAUGUUCGUCAACUCUUGCUUCAUACAUCUACAAAUUUCCUACAGUACCAGCUGGACUAGUCCUUUACUCAUGGUGAACAAUAAGUUGCAAAGGCAUUUGGUGACUGGUUCUUUGAACGAGAUCUCUGCCGAGAUAUGGUCAAACUACAAGAUUUGCCACAAAUAUGUCGUCCACCCCCUCAACCGGCUCAAGGUCAAUGCGAAGAUCCCCCAAAACGACUCUGAUCAGGACACCACUGCUUAG